AGCUGCUGAAGGGAUUUAUGAUGAAUGACGUCAACAGUGGUCAGAUAUUCUGUGGACGAGAUGUUCAGAAGACUGGGACUGAUUCAUGGAGAGGAUCAGGGGCGAGAGGCGUCUCUCUCCUAAUCUGCUGAAGGACCAGUGAGUAUAAAAGAGCUAAAAGCAUCGCUCCGCUCCUAAAGAAAGCCCAGCGGUGACAUCCACAACUCCACCCAGACAACAACAAACCCCUCUACAUCACGGGGAGCGAAUUCAAAGAGAAGUGACCAACAGCCAUGAAUCUCGAGCCACCCAAACCAGAGAUCAAAUCGGCCACCCGAGUCACCGGUGGUCCUGCAACACCACGCAAAGGGCCCCCUAAAUUCAAGCAGAGGCAAACCCGCCAGUUCAAGAGCAAGCCCCCAAAGAAGGGUAUCCAAGGGUUCGGAGAUGACAUCCCCGGCAUGGAAGGUUUAGGCACUGACAUCACCGUCAUCUGCCCCUGGGAGGCCUUCAACCAUCUGGAGCUUCACGAAUUGGCUCAGUACGGCAUCAUCUGAGCCCAUCAUCCUUUGUGCAAUUUAGACCCCUUUCUGCCACGUCCUCCAUCGGCUCCAAGUGGACCAUUUCGACUUUUAUAACACAAAAACAGCAACGUUUAUUAUAUAAAAAUGGAAAAAUGGUUACAAAGAAGAAAAAAAAAUCUACCUGACUAUCCGUCCCACAGGUUUCUUUUCUUUCUUGCAGUUCAAGAACACGUUCUGCUCAAACUGUAGAAGAGAAAGAUGUAUACGAUCCCAUCAGACCGCGUUCUGUUUACCUAGAAAAACUGCUGCUCUUUUCUUUUCUACUCUUUUCUUUCCAAAAAACGAAACUUACGCAAGCAAGACAGCCUCGAAGUGAGUAAAAAAACAUGAGAUGUGCCCGUGAAAUGCCUGGCUUCUCAUUUCACGUGCCUCGGUGCCUCGUCCGUCCAUCUUCACCGAGUUUAAGAAAAGAUCAAAGUCCUGUAGAGAUGAAACACCCUGCUGGCCGACGCAAAAUUAAACUUUAACUUUUCCCAAUUGGCUGAUCAAUGCAGAUGUUAAAGUUUGCAUUUCCUUUUAUUUUUUUUAAGUUGCACGAAUGCCAUCAGGAAGAGUCGUUCUGUGCUUUUGCAACCUCUUUAUGCAGUGACACACACAGUCGCAUCAUUAGAAAUUUUUUUGGGUUGGAUUUUCGGUUUCAGAAAGUCUCUCAGGUGACUCAUAGAGUCAGUAUUAGGCUGUCAUGUCUUGUGUUUCUUUCAUCCGUGAUCAUUUUGUGCUAUUUUUUUCAUCCUCAUCAUCAUCUUUUUCUUCAUCAUCGUCCCAUUUUAGUUCUACUAUCAUAUAUUUCCAUUUGUAAGAUUCAUUGUAUUAUAUUAUUCAUUAUCAUUUGAUCAUGUAGCUGCAUUUAAACCUCAUUGACUUUUCUAGACAACUUUAUUUUACUUUAGAGUUUAUUUCCCUCUGUGUUUGUUGCAUGCACUUUCUUCACCAUGUUAUGGUCAUUCGUUCAUUUGUCAUCCAUUGUUUGUGUUGGAUUUCAUUAAAUCUUCUGUAGUAUAAAAAGCCCAUUUCUCGUACAGUCAUCUCCCCAUUCUUUCAGGUGAUGUAUCUAAAGAAGGAAUAUAUAUCAAGGAAGUGUGCAGAAAUUAACACAAUGUUUGUUAGCAUUUGUCCUCGUGAACUCUGAAGUACUGAAGUUUUUUCUGUGCUGUCUGGCCUAUAUUGUGCAUAUAUUGAUUUUAGAUUGAAUAUUCAUGCUUUUUUAAGGGCAUGUUUGAUGGUUGACAACAGCAGUGACUGAAGUGACGUUUUUCUC